ACCAUGUCUUUAAAUUCAUCUAUACUUUUAAACGAAGAAAGCUCUCAAGGACCAAAAAGAAAUACUGAAUGUUUGGAAAGCCUGGAAUUGCAGACUCCAUCAUCGUUUCAAGAGAACCCACUUCAGCAAUUACAGCUGGCAUCACAGGAAGUGCUUGAAAAGGCAAAAAAGAGUGGGAGAUCAAAAUGCCCCCGAUGCAGUAGUUCAAGGAUGUUCUAUUGUUAUACAUGCUUUGUUCCUGUUGAAACUGUCCCUACCAAAGAAAUUCCCACUGUGAAGUUACCUGUGAAGAUUGACAUUAUUAAACACCCAAAUGAAACAGAUGGCAAAAGCACUGCUGUGCAUGCUAAGCUCCUGGCACCUGAUGAUGUUACAAUUUAUAAAUACCCUUGCAUUCCAGAAUAUAAGGAAAAAAGACAUGAAAUAGCACUUAUAUUUCCUGGCCCUGAUUCAGUUUCAGUAAAAGACAUUGCUUUCCAUCUCCAGAAGUACACUAAGAAAAGUGUCUGUGAUGAUGAUGGCUGUUCUGGAGAGCCACUUCUUAAGCAAGCAAAAACAGAACCUCAGGAAGAAAAAAAUCUAAAUGAAUGCUUCUCAAGCAACAGGAGCGAGGGCACUGGACUGAAGAAAAUAAUAUUUAUUGACAGCACCUGGAAUCAGACUAACAAAAUAAUAACUGAUGAACGACUUCAAGGGUUGCUGCAAAUUGAAUUGAAGACCAGGAAGACUUGCUUUUGGCGUCAUCAGAAGGGAAAGCCAGAUACAUACCUUUCCACAAUAGAAGCAAUUUAUUACUUUCUUGUGGACUAUCAUCAGGAGAUUUUGAAAGAGAGCUACAAAGGACAAUAUGAUAAUCUUCUCUUUUUCUUUUCGUUUAUGUACACAUUGAUUAAAAAUGCCAAGUGCUGUGCAGGAAAAGAGUAAGAUACCUGUCUAGGUAAGUAACACUACCUUUUAUUUUGUUUCUUUUGUAAUAAUCAACUGCACAAAUGUAACUAUUUUUAUCUAACUGAAAUCUGAAAUUAGAUUAUGCUCUU